AGGAGGCCAAGUUGUCUAACAGAACCACAGCCUGGGUGAUGACGACAAACUAGGUCGAAACGUCACAAGCUGUGCUUUUUUAUUUUUUGCACAGCUGAGAUUGCGCACUAUACAGGUACCAGGCACGACAAAACGGCUACACAGUUAUAUUAAAAUCGCCCCAUUUCUAAGCAGUUUCUAUAGUGUAGAGACCCACUCAGCUUGUUGCACUUGCAGACAGCAUACACACACACACACACACACACACACAUCGCGGGAUGGUACAGUGGCUGAAUUGAUCUGACUCACAUUUUAUGAAGGUUUUUUUUUCCCCCUUUUUAUUUGUAGAAAUAUUGUGCGCACUAGAUAAAAACACAGAGAACAGCCGACGACGUUUGGCAUUUGAUGCGGCUUUGACUGGUUCCAGGUCAUGGGAGACAGACACGGAUUCCUGUGUGGGGUUGUGGAAGGUUUCUAUGGCAGGCCCUGGUCUAUGGAGCAGAGGAAGGUUCUUUUCCAGUGGAUGGAGAAGUGGGGUCUCAACACUUACCUGUACGGACCCAAGGAUGACCUGAAGCACCGCCUGCUCUGGAGAGAGAUGUACUCAGCAGAGGAAGCAGCUCAGUUGAAGACCCUGGUACAGGCUGCAGGCUCUCGUGGCCUCCGGUUUGUGUACGCUCUCUCGCCCGGCCAGGACAUCAUCUUCUCCAGCUCGUGUGACGUGGGGCUGAUGAAACGCAAACUGAGGCAGGUGGCGGGGUUCGGCUGCCAGGCCUUCGCCAUCCUGUUUGACGACAUCGACCACUCCCUUUGCCAGGCGGACAAAGAAGCCUUCUCCUCAUUCGCUCAUGCAGAGGUCUCAGUAGCCAAUGAGAUUUUCCACUACUUGGAGAAACCUGACAUCUUCCUUUUCUGCCCCACAGAGUACUGCGACACUCUCUGUUAUCCUAGUCUGUCCAAAUCCACCUACCUGAGGACAGUGGGGGAGGAGCUGCACCCUGACAUUGGGGUCGUGUGGACAGGUACGAAGGUGAUCUCUAGGGAGCUGUCGGUGGAGUCCCUGGCUGGGGUGGAGGAGGUGCUGCGGAGGCGCCCACUCAUCUGGGAUAACCUCCAUGCCAACGACUACGACUCCAAGCGCGUGUUCCUCGGCCCCUUCAAGGGGCGCUCCGCCCGCCUGGUCCCCUGUCUGCGAGGCCUGCUGCUCAACCCCAACUGUGAGUUCGAGGCCAACUUCAUUGCACUGCACACCCUGGCCAGCUGGUACCGGAGCGGCUCCUGCUGCACUGACACAGGUUUCAACCGGCAGAACAUCCCUUGUACAACAACAGAGGAUCAGCAGCAGGAGAAGGAGACAUGUGAGAGUGAGAAGGGGAAGCAGACAGAGACACAAGCGCACAAGGAGGGGUCUCUGCAGUCACUGUACUGCCCAGAGGAGGCGCUGAGUCGAGCUAUACAGGACUGGAUGGAGGAGAUAGCCAAGCCACUGCAACCAGGAAGACAAAUCCGUCAAGUGGAGAAACAAUCACCAGUGAAUAACACUGAAUCAAAGAGGUUCCCUGAAGGUGCAGAUCCUGGGCAGGAGCCUGACAAAAUCACAAGAGGGAGCAAUCACAAACUACCCCAGGGUGCUCACAAGAACAGCCCCCCCAGCAGCCUCUCCUCCCCUUCCUCUCCUGCUCAACAGGGAGAGACCGGGCCAGGGGGCGGCAUAGAGCCGGGGGAAGAGGAGAGGGGCAAGGCAGAGCAGCAGAGUUUACUCAACUGGGGUGAGACAAGCAAUGAGAAAGAGAGGCAGAGCGAUGGCGUGGAGGAGGAAGGAGAGAGGGAGAGGCUAUUGAAGGAGAAGGGGUGCAGGGGAGAAGUACAGGCCUGCGAGCCCCUCACCCCAGCCCAGGUUAGGAUGCUGGUGGGGCUGUACUACCUGCCCCACGAACACGGGGUAGAGGGGCAGAGGCUCCUGAAGGACUUCCAGUGGCUGAACAGCAAAAGCGACUGUGUCAGCGUCAAUGUCAAGAAGAGUGAGCCCAGGAAGGCGGAAGAGUGGCGGUCCCGCGCGCUCCAGUUCCAGCUGGCCUGUGACGGUAUCUCCCGGCUGCACAGCUGCUUCAUCAGCUCCUCUAACCGGGCCGUGCUGUACGACCUGUACCCCUACCUGUGGGACCUGCGCAACACGCUGCUGGUGGCCAAGGCCUUUGUCAUGUGGCUGGAUGGGCGGGUGCUGUGUGACCACUACUCCUUCAGUUCCUGGAGGAACUGCUUUCACUGGUGUCGUAGCAACGCCUCGGUGGACUUGCUGGGGGAGUCGGAGCCCUGGGUCUUCAAGGGGGGCAUUGCUGGAGAGUUACAGAUGAUGCUGCCGAUGGGAACGAAUAUCGAACUGUUCACCCACCCGCCCCCCGUCUUCCCGUCCACCAAACUCUACAGCAUUCGCCCCUUCCUCCCGAGGGACAAGGUGGAGCUGUAUCGGAUCUGCAGACUGCUUCACUGUAAAACCAGAGGUGGGCCUGAUGCCUCGCAGUGCCACCCUGACCUCGUUGGGGAUAGACUGCUGGGCGCGGCCCUGAGUCUGAGCCCUGAGUACUGCUUCGUCCUGGAGGAGGAGGAGGAGCUGUGUGGCUAUGCCCUGGGAGUGAUGGACAUCAAGACUUUCCACAAGAAGUGUGAGGCCACCUGGCUACCGGCCAUGAGGGAGAAAUACCCCAAACCCACCGCCACCACUGCCCCUGGCCGGACACUCACACAGCAGGUGGAAAACGGAAGAAGUGAGACAGUGAGACAGCAAAGAGGGAUUGACUUGCGGAAGAAACUAUUAAUAUUGCUUAAGGGAAGGUAACAUUAUUUAUACAUGUAUGCUCUAAAGAAAAAGUUAACAGAUUUGAAAACGAGAUUUAGGCUUCUGUGGGGCUGUGAUGUGCAUUUUCGGGUUUCAACUUGACCCUAUUUUGAUUUUAGAUUCUUGUAAUUUCGUUAAAUUCUGGUUUUCUUUAGCCCAUCCUUUGCUUGAUCGGGGUGAAUACGGCAUUAUUUAAAUUAUCAUUUAAACACCAAAAAAAAGAAAACUGCAGGAGUGGGUUGAGCCAGCGCUGUAGAAAGCUGCGCUGUGUUUGAGGAGGUGUAGUGUUGCAAGGAUGGUUCUGCUGCUGCCUCCUCAUUUUUCCCACACCAGUGUUUACUCUAAACACUUCUUUGAAGGCCCAGGUGUUCCUCAGCGUGACCUGGGGAGUGUAGUGCUCCAUUUGCUUUGAUUGUACAUGCUGUUUCUUAUUUUCACUGGUGAAGACAUGAGCCAGAAUGUUUGUUUGAUAUUGCUAGAACUGUAGACUGCACUGCUAGUCUGCCAUGUCGAGUGGAGCUGUUUCUGUACAUCCAGUGACCUAAUCCAAGAUGCCUCCUUUUGUGUAUUAGUUGUCUUUUAAAGUGUUUGCAGCUCACAAAAUAAUUUCAUAAAUCUUAGCUGCCGAGUACUUUCAUUCGCUAUAUACUGUACAGUAGGUCUCAAAUGUACAGUUUUGAAAGAAAAACAUGGCACUGUAAAGUCUCUGCAAGCCCUGCUUUCAGGUAGUGUUCUGUAUGCUGCUUCCCCUAUUUACUUUUAGCCAACAGCAUGCUUUGGCCCUGAAGACAUCAUUCAGGUGGGGAGCGCGGACUGUCAGUAAGGGGGGCAUGACUGUGACUAAAGGGGCAGUUUUAUAAAAAAUAUAAAACCUAUUUUUUUUUAAGGAUAGAACAUUUUAAAUAAAUACAUAAAUGACAAUUUGUCAGGAUGUGCGUGGUGAAAUGCAGAAAGGGAAUGUCCACACCAAGGUCAAACAAAAACCGUGCUUUUAUUAUUUUAAAAAGCUGUCGGUCAAAAUAAUAGUCACCCCUUCUCCAAGAAUGGUAUCAGGGGGAAAAGAAAAAGACAACAGUCUCAAAACAAAAAUACAAUGACGCCCCUGUCUGAGAGCAAUGCCUUCCUCAUUUGCUUAUGUUCUUAAAUAGAGACAUAGUUUAACAAACCAUCCAGUAGAAACAUCUAUAAUUCUAAAGACACAGGACAGCUUACCCUGUCUAUUAGAAACAGCUAAUUGUAAAGAUUAAAUAAAUCCCAAUCUAGUUCUAGAAAACAGGACUUGUGCAGUGUUGUAGUGGUAUGCUUUAGUGGGUAAAACGAGCUGACGUGUUCCUGUGUGGUGUUUAGUUACUUUGUGUUCUUGUGCACCUGCAGGUGGAGCUGUGUUAUGUGUGUGCAGAUUCAGUUUAGCACAUCAAUGCAAAAAAAUAUAUAUAUAUUUAUAUAAAGAACAAUAAAAUGCCAAUUGAAUUAAUUUCAAAAUCAUUGUCGUGCAUGAGUGCAACAUAUUGAAAGAGGAAUGUACGAUGAGAUCAUGAAAAAUAAAAUAAUUCAACCUCUUCUUAUACUUGAUAUACACCUUCUCAUGUGACUACCUGAUAAUUAAUUAAUUGUCCAGUAAAAUAUAGAUGCAAUGCAAAGCUGAGUUAAAAUGUGAUGCAGAAAAUAAUAAUAAAAGUCCUUGGAUGGAUGCUGAGAAGAGAAGAGGUGGGCAGUAACAACGUAAGUUUCUUUUGUAUGAUUUUAAACAACAGGCAGCUCCAAAUGCAGUUUAACUGUCCUAUGAACUUUGUAUAAUGUUUGCAGUCACUCUGAGUGAGUAUCUAAGUGCUGUUUAUCAAACAAUGGGCUUCAUUGACAUUUUCAUACAGCCAGAGUAAGGUGCUUCAAGCUGUGUUGAAAUUGUCAGUGUAACGGUGUGAGGCUGAGCGCAAACCGGCGACCCCGCACAUCGUAAACAAGCAUCGGAACCACAAUGCAAAAGAGCCAGCCUUGUGUGCAUUCAUGGUUUUCGACCCUUUUCAUCUCAUCUGACUGACGGGACAGAAUUCGUAACAGCAGUGUAUCACACAGCACUGCCAGGUACACUCCUGCCCCUUUAGCCUCACCUCAGCUCUCUUUAGCCUAGUAUAGUAUAGUACUCUGCAUAUCUUUGAAGAACAGGUGGAUAUCUAGUGGGGUCAAACAAAGAAGGGGUCCACAAACCAGAAGGGUUUAAGGCAGUGUGCUUUUGAGAAUAACACAAAAGAUGCAACAAUGUGAAGCAUUGACAGUAAGUAAGUUGAGUGUAAAUCUAAAACAAAGCUGCGCUGUGCUUGAGGCGGCGUGGCAUUGCGAGGAUGGUUCUGCUGCUGCCACCAGUGUUUACUGUAAACACUUCUAUGAAGGCCCAGGUGUUCCUCAGCUGCUGCAGCGUGGCCUGGGGGAGUUUAGUGCUCCAUUUGCUUUUCCUGUACAUCCUGUUUCUUAUUUUCACUGGUGAAGCCAGAGUGUUUGUUUGAUAUUGCUAGAACUGUAGACUGCACUGCUAGUCUGCCAUGUCGAGUGGAGCUGUUUCUGUACAUCCAGUGACCUAAUCCAAGAUGCCUCCUUUUGUGUAUUAGUUGUCUUUUAAAGUGUUUGCAGCUCACAAAAUAAUUUCAUAAAUCUUAGCUGCCGAGUACUUUCAUUCGCUAUAUACUGUACAGUAGGUCUCAAAUGUACAGUUUUGAAAGAAAAACAUGGCACUGUAAAGUCUCUGCAAGCCCUGCUUUCAGGUAGUGUCCUGUAUGCUGCUUCCCCUAUUUACUUUUAGCCAACAGCAUGCUUUAGCCCUGAAGACAUCAUUCAGGCGGGGAGCGCGGAGAGUCAGGAAGGGGGGCGUGACUGUGACUAAAGAGGCAGUUCUGCAAAAAAAAGAAAACAAUUUUUUUUUUUAAGGAUAGAACAUUUUAAAUAAACAUAUAAAUGACAGCUACCGGUAAUUAGUCCAAGUUCUUACCUUUCAAAUGAGCCGGUGGCACGGGAGAACAGAUCCCCGCACAUGAAUAGGGGGCAGGGCGGAGCCCUGCUGUAAAACGUAUGCAGUGCACAUUUCACCCGAGUACCUGUGUGUGUUGUCUGUCAGUAUCUGUUCUGGGAACGUCAGCAACAACAUCACCACUCAGCCGCCCUGUCACAGAGCCGUUGACGAUCACUCUAGGACUUGUACAACUGGAGAAAUUAUGUUUGAAGUGGCGAGUGUGUCAGUGAAACUGCAGUGAACAGAAACGAAAUGACGACUACCAAGUAUGGGGCGACAAGUGUAAAAAAAAAAAAAAAAAAGAUGUGUAUGUUGAUUUUGUGAUACGCUUAUGUAUUUAGCUAGAUCUGGACAUUUUGAGGUUACAUGCUUAAAAAAGGGGGGCAGCAUAUAAAAAGCAUAUAAAAAGCACACCACUGACCUAGGGGAAGUGUAACAGAUUUCCUGAGAGUAAGGCAUGGAAACUUGAGAACUUCCCUUAACCUAAAAGUACAAGAAUUAAAUUUGCAAUGUGCAUUUAAAACCAUGUUGCUAAUAGUAAGUGCAAAACAUAAGAUGUAUGGAUAUAUUUAUUUUUGUUAGCUACAGUCACUUCAAAUAUAUAUGUAUGAAUGGAUUGAAUGGAGCAGGUGCUGCAGAUGAAUGGAGUGUGUCUGGACCCCGUUCUCCCUGUGUUUCAUCCUCUUGUUGAUGAAUCUCUUUUGCCGAACUCUCUGGU